CAAGCAGACCCAUCAAAGAAUCUAGACGCCCAAGCUGAACCCGCUAUCCCGUACCUACGGUUACAAUGGCAAAGUAUCUAUCAGAUGUGACUGUCAUGUACGCGGAUAACGAGUACGCCGCGCCAGAUGAGGCGAUUCCCGAAAUCCAAGGCAAAACAUCAGACAUCAACGCCGGCUACGGAGGAAGAUUCGUAUGGCUGAAACCGGACUGGACCCCCGACAAGCAAAAUGCAAUUUCCAACCUCUCUUUCACCAAAUCCAAUUCUGAACUCCGGAACUACAACGAUAUCACGGUUCGGGUCAGCGCCAAGGACGCAUAUCGGUACAUUGUACCUGAGCGUGGAGGAGAAUCCAAGAUAACUAAAGUUGCUCUUUUCCGUACCUCCGAGAAUUUGUCUUCCGAUCAGAUUCUGGCUCGUAUCAAGGAAAGGGGGUUCUACCAUUUCUCCUCUGAUUUGAAUCAGGGGCGUGGUGGUGAUUAUUUGUAUUUGUUGUGGGCGAACGAGACGGAACAGAAUUGAUUCGCGAAGAUUCAUACAGGUCUCUGUAUGAUUUACAAGAAAAUAAAACAUGUC